UCAAGCUUAGCAUAGUGUGGGGCAACAGCAACAACAAGCAUAAUUAAUAUAUGCAUAAAAGAAGAAACAAAAAAUAAGAAAAGAAGAAAUAUCGUCAGCACCGUAGCUACAACAAUACCAUUGACGACAGCUACGGCUAGUUGACAAUGUUUGUGGUGUUGGUGUUACUUUUGUGCACAUUGAACAGGGGGGACAAGGCGAUGAGAAGUGACAAACCAAAAAAAAAACUCGUCAUAAGUGGGGCCACAGGUGAAUUGGAGUGGAUUGCUUUAAGGCGGGUCCCACACGCUCUUCUCGGUCGAUAACUCGUAUGCGUGUUCGUUCGUCUAUUGCUUAUUAAAUUGUUGACUGGCUCACUAGUUGUGGUAUUUAAUUUCCAUUGUGUUGAGCGUAUUAGAAGCACACAAUUAGCACUGCCGCCUAACAAUUAGCAGACGUGAGCGUGUUUAAGCCUGGAACACAGUUCCAGACCACCUUCAUAGCACAGGGCGUGUGCCCAUGCCAUUUAGUUAGUCUUGCUCGUGGCGUACGUACGCGAAUAAGUUUGCUGUGUUCGUUUUUAGUGUAUGAUGUUAACCGGAAAAUAUGUGUCAAUCCGCAAACAAUAAUAGCUGCAGUAAACAGCAGUGCCGGCAAAGCCUUUAACGCCCACCGACUCAUUGUGUGUAUAUAAGCUGAAUUUGAAGUAUAAUAAUUAACUAACUACAUGUUACAAUUAACGGCGCAUACAAACAUAUAUACCUAAGUGUACGAAAUUUUGUGCGUUAGCAAUUGAAAGUAUCGCUGCAGUCAUACCAUACAACAAGAAAACGUAUAUAUAGAUGACUAUAUACUAAUAACAAUAUAAUUAUAAUUGUUACAAUGCAAGAGCUGCAACAGAAAUCUACAACCAAAAGCGUGUUCGCCAUUAAAACACUAAUUAGCUGCAGCACGUUAUGCCUUCUACUACUACUGCCACAUGCCGUACACGCUUGGAUGCCCGAUGUGCGCCCAGAUUUGCAACCUAAGCAAGAUAAAAUCAUUGCCAAGUUCCUGGGCAACAGCACGGAUUAUUUUAAAAUUUUGGCCUACGAUGAUGUCACCAUACUGGUGGGUGCUAAAGACAUGAUGUACAACAUCAGCAUGGAUGGUUUACAUGAACUCAGUCGCCUGGAAUGGUUCUCAUCCGAUGCCGAUCGCGAAUUGUGCGCACUAAAGGGUAAAUGUGAAACUGAUUGCCACAACUACAUACGCGUAUUUGCACGCCUCGAUGGUGGGCAAAUCUUGUUGUGUGGCACCAAUUCUUAUAAACCGCGCUGUCGCCAUUAUGCGCCCGCCACAAGUGAACUGAGCGCAGCCGGUGGUUCCGGCCAACGGUAUGAGAUUGUACGCGACGUGGAAGCGCAAGGUCUUUGCCCAUAUAGUCCGGCACAUAACAGCACCUAUGCCUAUGCGGACGGUCAACUUUAUAGUGCCACCGUUGCUGACUUCUCGGGUAGUGAUCCAUUGAUAUAUCGCGAAAAUUUACGCACCGAACAGUACGACUUGAAACAGUUAAAUCAACCAGACUUUGUGGGUGCUGUGGAGCGUGAUCGUUAUGUUAUGUUCUUCUUUCGUGAAAUUUCAAUGGAGUAUAUGAAUUUCGGCAAGACAAUUUACUCAAGAGUCGCUCGCGUAUGCAAGAACGAUCGUGGGGGUCCAUAUUCACUCUCCAAAAGUUGGACUUCAUUUUUGAAAGCGCGACUAAAUUGCUCUGUACCUGGCGAAUUUCCUUUCUACUUCGAUGAAAUUCAGUCAAUCACACCCAUUGUCGAAAGUGGGUCAAAUUCACUCAUCUAUGCCGUCUUCACAACCUCUGUGAACGCCAUACCCGGUUCAGCGGUGUGUGCGUUCAAUGUAAAUGAUAUUAUGGACGCUUUUGAGGGCAGUUUUAAAUCGCAAAAAGAUAGUCAAUCACAAUGGCUACCCAUACAGGAUGAACAAGUGCCGGAAUCACGUCCAGGUAAGUGUGUCGAAGAUUCGCGAAUGCUAUCGAGCAUUGCGGUGAAUUUCGCCAAAACCCAUCCAUUAAUGGAGACUGCUGUGCCCGCGGUUUACGGACGCCCACUACUCACGAAAGUAAAUUUACACCAUCGACUUACCACAAUCGCUAUUGAUGCACAACUCAUGGCAUUAAAUGGUGAAUACUAUGAUGUUAUCUACUCCGGCACAGAUGAUGGCAGAAUAACAAAAUUUAUUAACAUACCUACACCCAUUCAGGCUAGCGGUUCCACAGGUGUGGGCAAAUUAAAAACAGUUCUUAUCUCUGAGAUGCAAGUACUGCCUUUGGGUGUACCGGUGCGUGAACUGGUCGUUUCCUCGAAAACCAAUCGUUUAUUAGUCGUUAGUGAUGGCAGUUUGGUUACAGUGCCUUUGCAUCAUUGUGGACAUAUUGUAGACUGUUUGGGUUGUCUCAGUCUUCAAGAUCCAAAUUGCGCUUGGGAUCAGCAGAAUCAUGAGUGCAAAAGUAUUACACCCAACAACAUCAAAUUUGGCACAAAAGCCUUCCUUCAGAGCUUGAAUACUACCAAAAAAGCAGCAGCAUCGCUUUGUCCAAAGUACACACGUGGCACACUCAUGGCUGACGGCCCAAUUGUUAGUAGCGGUAUUGUGGCAAGUCCGGGCAUUGACUUGGUUACAGCACAACAACAACCACAAGUUGAUGAAGAAUUGCACAGCAAAAAGUUUCACUACACAAAAGUGAGUGCGGUUAAGAGCGUUCCAGUUGGCGCAAGUAAAGCCUCAGCGGAGAGUGGCGUUUCUGCAGUCGACGAAGUACCCUCUGAUAAAGUAACUGAUUUGGAUGCAAGCACAGGCGCUGGCAAUGAUUACUUGCUGAACAGUUUUAGCGAUGGAAAUAAAAUAACAUUACAAUCGGUGGAUCCCAAUGAGCUCAUGAACACUCUGAGUGGUCCAUUUCUUUCACAAGAUGACAGAAAAGACAGACAAUUAAAGGUCGCCGGCAAGAGCUUAUGUUGGGCCCUCUCGUUUAUCGCUUUCGUUGUGGGCGUUAUUGUUGGAUAUUAUACCUCAAAACGGUUGUGUAAAGCAACGUCACUACAUGCAAAUCACCGUAAUCAAUUCACCUCGAAUUCUCAAUUCACCGUAAAGCAUCAUAAUAAUGGCAAAGAUGUCAAUCUGCUAAUGAAUCCGAACCAUUUUUCCAGUCUUAAAAAACCCAAUCUCGAUUUAGAGAAGGAUCGCAGCCAUGAAUGCAAGAACUCUACAGAAAAUCUUGAAAAGGAAAUACCCUGCAAGACGUCUACUUUAACGAAGGUUAAACGCACAUAUAUAUAAUCUAUGGCGUAUUUGCAACCCAUUGCGAAGCAUUGAGUUGCGUUUAGAAAACUAGUUGAAUUUUUUUAGAAUAGUUAUAUAUAUAUUUUUUUUUGUUGGAAAAGAUUUUGUUUAAGAUUUUUCUUGUAUGGAAAUAGUGUGAAAUGCGCGGUGUGUUGUAUGACUGUUGCAAAUUAGUCUAGACAAAAUUACAUUUUACGAAAGACGUUUGCAUUGGAGGUAUAAGUGAUUUGUAUAAUGUAAACUUAAACCGUCUAAACGCAUGCAUCUAAAGGCUAUGAACAGUUAUGCAUUAAGUGUGCAAAUGCAAACUCCUGAACGAGCUCAGUUAAGCUGUAAACAAAUUGUGUCUUAAUUAGAAGUGUAUGGCAACCUUUCAACGACGCGCACUUGCCUUGCUGAUUUGCACACAUGCGCACGCCAUGUGCAUAGCCUAUGUCAUUGCGAGUCUUAAUUUUUAUGUAAUUUUAAUAUUAAGUAAAUGUAGUUUUUAAGUUUAUUGAUUAAUGUGAGUCUAAUUACAUAUUACGAGAAAACUGAGGUUAAAGUGAGUUUUUGCUUUUUCUUUACAAUAACACAUUACAAUUAAGUACAAAUAUAAUUACAAGUCCGUGUGCGGGUGUGAAGACAGACAUGUGUUUAGUGUUGCGGAUGACAAACGCAAAAGUUGGGUGAUUUUAUUUGUCUAUACAAAAAACAAGAAAGCGUAUACUCAUAAUACAUGCCACCAACUUUCAACUCUGAACACUUUAUUUGAACCCGCAAGCACAUGUAUCUCAACACUUGUAUCGUAAACAUAUCGAAUAUCUUUACAAUUUAUACAGCUCUAAUGAGACUUUUGCGAACGUUUUGGUUUAACGCAAAUAAAAUGGCUACAACAUGAUAGUGUUUGUAGUUUGAGGCAAUUUGGCUUCCUUUUGGCUAUGAAGUUGAUUUUCGUCUCAUCACUAACACUACGAAUUUCAACUUAAUACAUACAAUAACACCGCACAAUAUGCGAACAAUUGCUAUAAAGCAUAAUAUUAGAUAAUAGUAAUAACUCAAUAAUAUUACAAAGGCAAACGAGUAUUAUAAUUAGACUGAACGCUUGACGAACAAAAGCAACACAUGGUCAAAUAAUACAUUUAUAUUUAGUUGGCAGACUCUGGUCUAUACUAUGGCAAAAAGCAACCCGCGAAAACAUAUGAGAAUUAUGUGACUAGCCCGUUUUUUUUUUUUGUAUUGCAAUCAUGCUCUUGGCUAAUUUUGCGCAUCAUCAUCAUGGUGAACAUCGCCACUAACAUCUUCAACGCUUUCACGCGCGUUGAAUUGCGCUUGAUAUUCAUGGAUGUAAACAGCGACUUUUGUCAGCACUCAUUUGCUUGAGUACCCUCCAAUUGUACUUCUACCACUUUCACGCAGCAUUUUUCCUUACUUUUAUUUUUUUUUUUGUCUACAUAUGCACAUUUCCAGCUAUUUGUCUGUCGUGCGUGUGAGUCCAUUUGAUGCAUAAACACUUGAGACAAUUGUAUAAUUGUAUUCUAUUAAAUGGCUAGUAAUUUAUUCAAGGUCAUUACACUGCAUAAAACUCCCAUAAAUAGUAAACGUAAUGAAUGAAAGUAGUCUAUUAUCUAUUCUUUGUUGAAUAAAUUGUUUGCGAAUCAAAUUAAAACGUAAAUUUUCUGCACUGAUCAUAAAUUAAAAAAAAUAAACAACACAUUUCAUUUUUAUAACAAACAAAUAGUCGCUCAUUCAUCAAUACUUCAUAGUUUGCUUUUUAGUUUAAAUAACUCUGAAUUUUCACCAUCAUUCAUACAUUAACUAAUAGCUAGCGAGUAUUAAUAUAUUACAAACAAAAUCGUAAAAGAAGCUCAAUUAGUUAGGAAUUGAAUUGGUAUAUAUAAUAUAAAUAACUAAAAUAAAAAAGGGUGUAUAAAUUGGUAACAAAAGAUUUAGGAACAAAAUUUGUAUAUAGUAUAUAUUAAGAUGAAAUUACAAAUAUCAUUGGAAAAUGCUGCCUUCGAAAUUUAAUGCCAAUUGACAAUAGAAACGAUAUGUGCAAAUAAAAUUUUUAAAACAAAAUCAUCACAUUAAAUGAAAAAUAUUUGUAGCUCGUCAAAAUACAUCAUAAAUUGACGAAAUUUGUCAGAUAAAGCUUUUGCAACACCCAGCAUAAAUUAAGUACAUACAAAUUGAAGAGAUUUCAAAAUGUGAAGCCUUAAAACCUAUGAUAAAUAUUAAAUGUAUGCAUAUAUAUUUUCUUGCAUAGACGUACUAGUUAGAAAGUUAGUCCGUCCGAUUAAGGAAUAUUUUUAGUAAUAAAUAUGUAUGUAUCUAUGAUGAAUAUUUACAAUAUAUUUUAUACAGCUAUACAUAAAUAAUGUAUUAGGUUAGUUUGUUAGUGAUUCUAGAAGUAUGUAAGCUUAAGAAUACAUUCGUAGAUAUAUUUCGCUAAUGGAAAUACUAUAUAUAUAUUUCUUUUUAUAGUAUAAUUAUUUGCAAUUAUAAAACAUUGUUAUAUCAAACACGCACAUAAAUUUGACGCGUCGAUUUAUUGUUUUAUACUCGAAUUUAGAUUAGUCUAUCUUUUUUAAACAAAACAAAAAAAAGUUGUGAUAGAUUUAAAAAAAAAAAUUGUUUUUCAACAUACAAAUUAUAUUCAAUCGAUUGUACGAUUUUGAUUGGUUUUAAAACGAAAACAAUUUAUCGGCGGGGUCUUCCUAAUGGUUUUCAGGCCAAAACAAGCUUAAAACAAUUUCAAUAUGCUCGUUGCUGGAAGAUAAAAUUUGUAUCCGUCUUUUUAUUUCAAUAAAUAGAGUGCUUUUCAAUAAA